CGCUCGGGCCCUAAUUAAAGCUGCAAGCAGCGAUGAUCGGGCCCUCGCACCCUAGCGCAUGUCGGAGUGUUGCGCAGUCAAAGGGUUUUUGUCAGGGACUUGUAGAUGUUUUCAGACUCAGGCUCUUGUCAGACAGAGCAAGGAGAGAAACAUCACAUAAAUUGUCCACUAUUUUGCCCAGCUGCUGGGGCUGCUGCAUUGAAAUGCCGUAGGGGGCGGUAUGGAGCCAGUUUGGACACUGAUUGAAUAUUGCAAUGUAGACAUGCUCAGGCCUGGAUUGUUAUCUAACCUGUAAUGUUUCAGGCAGAUCCAACCAUGUACACUCAAGUUAUAUCAAUUUCCUCUGUCAUGGCGAAACAUCAAAAGUCAAUGCCACGCCACGGCCAAAUGCUUCAAUGUAAACUAAAUCUUUUACUAACUUUUGAUUGUACACUAGUGUAGAUGACACACACUGAUUUUGAAGUCCUUACAAUGCGUUCUGUAGGAGGAGUUUUUUAAAAUACAAGGCAUGACAAAAGGCAGAGAAUAAGUUUUUCCAAAAUGGUGGACUUCCUGUUGGACUUACAGUAUGGCUCCAAGAAGCUUUUUGUGCGUCUGGAUAUAAUACAUAUGCCCUGUGAAUUUCAUUUUCUAUGUUAAUAUGUAAGGCAGGGUUUCAAUUUUGAAAUUUUCAAGGGGGCGCUGUUGAGUUAUUUUGUCACAACAUGUCAAUGACCCAUACAAGAUUUUAAAUGGUGUCUCUCCGGACAUGUGUCAAGUUUCGUGUCUUUAGCCCAUUCCUUGUCCCUGAAAAACAGCGUAGUAUUUCAUGGCGAAGGAUGUGUUGUCAUGGCAACGGCUUUUGAUCAUGGGUUAUUUUUAUGUAUUGUUGAUGCUUUUUUAAAAGGAAUAGGAUAGGUGGACAUGUUAAGUUUCGAUUUAACGUUAGUCUAUCAGAGGCAUAGUAGGGGCGGGUUUAUGUGGAGUGUGUGUGAAAAAAAUAGCCGGUCAACCAGAUCCAAUUAAGCAAGGAGAAGGUAAGCAUCUUUUUUAAAGUGUUUUCACUUGUUGUUUGUAAUAGGAAAUAUAUGAGUUCGCGAUAUGCGAUAUGACGAAAUAGGUCGUGUGACAAUAGAAAACGUGUACUAUUACACAUAUUAUGCUAUAUUUUUUAUUUCAUAAUACGUAAAUCAAACCUUUUAUGACAAUAUUUUUAUCGGUUUUGAGUCUGUUCGUCAUUUUUCGGUUACUUAGUAGUAAAGUACUCUUCUUGGAUUUUUAUUCGCAAAGCUUUGGUCAUAGUCAAUUCUCAACUUCUCAUUGCUGUGUGUUGCUGCUCUGCGGCUCUGCACAAAUGGUGGGGGAUGGGCAGCCUCUCCCGCGCUGAGAAAGUAGAGAAGAGUAGCGAAGUAGCGAGAAGGCGACUUGAAAUGAUAGCAAAAUUCAGCAGAGAUUGUAAUUGUUUGUGCUAUUUAUCAAAUUACGACACCCGUGUAAUUUAAGUGUUAAAGCAUCAGCAGGCUUUUGUAGUCGCACACCAACUACUUUUUCUUUGAAUUAAUAAUGUGAUAUGAUAUGAUGUGAUAUUUUUGUUUUGUUGUCUUUCCAUAGUAUGUGGUUAUUAAUUAAGUAUUUAUCUAUGUUGUUUGUAGUUUAUUUAUUGUGUCUUGUUUUAUGAUGUUGCGCAGAUGGCUGAAGCAUCUCCAAGUAAAUUUAUAAAAAUUGAUGAUCCGGAGGCGGAGAGCCUGCGGCAAGAGUGCCAGCUUCUUUCAUAUGCCUGCAACGAUGGAGCUGUCCCAAGGGACCAGCUUUAUCAGCAGGCUGUGGGGGUCCAUGGUCGCACUUUGAGUGCAUUAGUGAGGCAGGUCCGCCUCCGUCGAGCGGCAGAACAAAAGCUGCGCAUGGUGCAGACGGAGCUGCACCAUACGAAGCAAGAACUGGCUGCAGUGAAAGAGCAGCUGGAGGUGGAGCGAGCCUCUUCCAGUUUUAUUAAAGAUGAAGAAACCUGUGCUGCCUCACCUCCAAGCCCCACCAGUGACCCACCAACCCUUCCCUCCACCCCUUGACUUUUUUGUGUGUGUUCAUUGUUCAUUGUUCAUUGUGUGUGUUGUUUUAAUAAAAAUGUUUCUAAGUCUUUUUUUGGUUGUUGAUUGACUGUUAUCAGGUGUAUUAUUCAAAAUAUUAUGUAACAGCCACCUCUGUUGAAGUCUGUGUUAUUCUCUUCUUUAUUCAGAGGAGCCCCCUUCCCCAACUAUUAUUAAUAAGUUUAGUUUCAUAGAUUUCUACUAUGUACCUGCUCUAUAUUUGGGUUUUAUUGGUACACAGUCACUCCUCUGUUCAAAAAUACAACAUUUUAUUCAGUUUUCUUUAUAGCUUUAUGAUUAUUUUCAUAAUAUAGAUUCCUCUGUAAAAAGUUAUGUUAUUGUUAAUAUAUUUUUUUAUAUAACAAGGUCAUGAAGGUCUCAACAUAUUACGUCUUGAAUCAUUAACACUCAGUUUAUUUGUGAAGUACUGAUUAAAUGUAGGAGCUCAUUACAAUUCUUUUUAAUGACAUUGUGCACUGAAACACAAAUACUUUUAUUUUGACAACUUCCGCAAUUGUAACCGGUAUGUUUUUCUUCCAGCUGCUUUGCACAGACCUGUCGGCACUCCUGAUUGGUUCAUUUGAAUUUUGAAAAACGCGCAGGUGAAGGUAUAAAUACAGGUCAGAAUACGUUUGCCGCUUGUUGCUUUGUUUUCGGACAUUGUGACAACUGGUGAGAGAGCGAAAGAGCGAACAAGCUAGCUUGUGAGCAUUUCAGCGAUUUCAGCAGCGAUUUCAACAGCUUUGCAUUGCAUUCUUGGGAUCUUCGGUGGACUUUUGGUGAACGCACUAUGCCUCGCGACAAGUCCUUUCGCCGUUCUCAGGCAGCCAGGCGGAGAAUGGCGGAGCGCCGUCUUGUGGUUUUCGGACCUCAGCGGCCUUCCACUGGCACCUGUGCCCGUGAGGGCACAGGUUUUCGUCAUAAGGUGAAGCAGUGGCCAAUUUCUGCUUUGACUGGGCGCAGUCACAAAUUGGUCAUUCCACCUGAGGAUCCUGACAAGAAGUUUGUUCUUGUCAUUGGAGCCUCCCAUCUAAGGGCAAUGGUAGAUGGAUUUGUUAAGAUGCCAGAGGGACGCCUCUCCUUUGGCUUCAUGUCGACCCCGGGGGCCUGUGCGUCUGAGUUGAGGGCCGAGUUGUUGCAUGCUGCUGUACCUCGGACACCCGACGCAGUCUGUGUGAUGGCCCCCAGCAACAACCUGACCGCCAGCAGGACUGUUGAUGAGGCAGGAGCUGACUUCCGACAGUUCCUGCGCAGCGUGUGCAAUCUUUGGACAACGGUCUUUGUCCAGGAUUUCACACCUCGUCUGAAUGCUGACAUGGGUCUUCAGGAACUCAUGCGGCAAGAGUUCCAUCGUGUGGCAGCCAGCAUGGGUAUCAGAUACUUUCCCACCGCUGAGCACUUCCCCUUGGAUCGCCUUGACUUGUGGAGCAGAGAUGGCGUCCACCUGAGUGAUGCUGGCGGUAUGGCGAUCCUCUCUCAGUUGAUUUGGAUGUCUGCUUAUCAGCAACUGGAGACGCCACCACCUACGCCCCAGGUUCCUCUCAGGACUUCACCCCCUGUGAGAACCUUUGUACCAAAGGUGGUGGUGAAGGGAGAAGCACCUGUGCCACGUCUGUCAAACCCUUUUGACUGGACAGUUGUAAGCAAGGGCAGGAAGGCAGAUGAAACGCCAGUCAAGUGUUUCAUCCCGCUGAAUCCUGUCCGUUUCAGCAGUGCCGUGUUGGAUGUGAUGGACAAAGCUGUCCCAUCACAUCUCCCUAGCCCUGUGUGCACGGCUGUUCCACAAGGCAAAUCGAUGCCAAAUGUGGUCCGCUGGCAGAAAGCUGUUGCCUCAAAAAGGAAACGUGGACAGCAGCAGGUUGAGGCUAAACCUGGCACCCAGCUCGUGUCUCGUGAGGCCUCACCUGGCUGUCCUGUGACAGACGCUCUGCUGGUGGAGGUGGAGGCAACCCCUUGUUUUGUGGAGGUGUCUUCCCAGGAUUCACCUACCAGUGUCAAGCAAGUGGUUGCAGGCGAGGAGGUGGAGGCAACCCCUUGUGUUGUGGAAGUGUUUUCCCAGGAUUCACCUACCAGUCCCUUGCAAGUGGUUGUGAUCGAGGAGGAGGAGGCAACCCCUUGUGUUGUGGAGGUGUCUUCCCAGGAUGCACCUACCAGUCACAUUCAAGUGGUUGGAAUGGAGGAGAUGCCGGACAAGGAGAGUCUUCAUCUUCAGCACUCAUCAGGAUGUGGUAAAAUGCAGAGCCAGGCUAAUCCUAGCUCCAGCAUAUUGUGGUCUUCUGUAGUAGCUGGUACUUCUAUUCACGUUCAACAUAGUGUAACAGGUUCGUUUCAUCAGGGUAGUAAUCUCUUUAAAUAUGCGGGACUUCAAUGUAUGGCAGUAAGUUUGGUAAGCCUAGCAAAACAUGCAGUUGACAGUGUUUUUGCAUGGCAGGCAAAAGAUCUGGACAGAGUCGUAGUUUUAGGUGAUCGGUUGUACACGUCCUUGAGAGACAAUAACAAGAUUAGUGGAUCAUCCAAACUGUUGUGUGUUCCUGAUUUGCCAAAGCACUCAGUUAUUGAUGGACAUAACUUUGAGUUUCAGUAUGGUGACUAUGUAUCAGGUGAUGUCACUGUGGUCAAUGGAGAGUUUAUUCAGGCUGCCAUAUUCAUGUCUCUACAAAAUGGCUUGAAAAACAUGUUUGCAAAAUAUGACACAUGCUUGCUAACAUUGUGUGGUACCACGUGUGCAGUCAUUUCUCAAAAUGGACGCUAUGCAGUUGUUGAUUCCCAUGCGCGCAGUGCUGCUGGAAUGGCAGAUCCUAACGGUAAUAGUGUUGUUGUAUAUUUUAGUUGUCUUAAAGAGGUGUACAGUUUCAUAUACAAUUUGUCUACAUCUCUCACUGAAGGUGAUAGACCUUAUGAGAUCGCUGGUGUUCGUGUCAUUUGCGGGGGCCGUAAGUCUGAGUUGAGAACAAUGAAGUGUACAGACACUGUCAAGACUUCUGAAACUGCAUCGAUGGCUUUCAGUUCAUCACUGGUAUGUGGUAUUCCAUCAGGAACUAAAGUUGAGAGAGGUAUGAAGCGUAAGAUUACAGGGCAAACUUGUGCUUCUAAGAAAAUGAAAAGGAAUAAUGUGUCUGUAGUGAAUUCAGAUGUUGUGUUUAUCAGUAAUGUGACUUCUAAAAAGCUGUGGUUUGAUCCCAUUUGUGAAGAUGUUGCACAGGCUUUAUGUACACAGUUUAAUGUAGAGUUUGAGAAACAUGAUGCACCAAUGCCUACAGCAGUUGGUCUGUUGGGAACUCCAUGUAAAAAUGACAAAAUAGUGGCUGAUGGUAACUGUUUCUUUAGAGCGAUUUCCCAAGCUGUUAGUGGAACACAAAAGAACCAUAGGAAAAUUAGACUUGCUGUUGUGAAACAAUUAGAGAGUAAUGUUGCGGACUAUAAAGGUAUCUUGAGAAGUGAAUAUACUUCAGUGGUAGAGUACAUUAAGAGUUCAAAAAUGCGAUAUGUUGGCAGUUGGGCAACUGAAGUUGAAAUACAGGCAGCAGCAGAUUGUUUAGGAGUUAAUAUCUUUACUUAUCAUGAUGACCGAUGGCUAGAAUAUAGCUGCAAAUAUAGGUGUUUUUCAAAACAGGGGAUCUACUUGGAAAAUUGUAAUGGUAACCAUUAUGAAAGUGUUGUCUGUGUUCAUCAGCCUCAACUGCAUAGUUGUUAUGGUAGCUGCAAGUUGAAUAGGUCUGAUUCCAAAGUGUACAAUGUGAGACGGCAGAGUGCAGAGAAAAGUUCAUGGGCUAGCUCAGAGGCUAAGAGAAUGAGAACAGUUGAGUGUACAAGUGGUUUGAGUCCAGUUGUCAUAAGUUCUGGGAAUCGAGUAGUGUCUAUUGAGAAUGAUGUAACAGAUUGUGAUGUUGAUGAGGUGAAUAAAGUCACAUUAAAAUUUAGUCCUUUGUGCACUGAAGUUGCAAAAACUUUAUGUAGUAAAUGUAAUGUUGAGUCUGAAAGACAGGAUGUACAAGUACAUACAGAAUAUGGAUCUUUAGGUGUUGUGUGUAAAACAAAUAAAAUUGUAGAGGAUGGUAAUAGCUUUUUUAGAGCAAUAUCUGACGUUAUCUGUGGUUCUCAAAAAGUCAUCUAAAAGUUAGACGUACUGUUGUUAAGUACAUGGAAAGUCAUAGUGCAGAGCACAUGGAGUAUUUGGGGAAAGAAUAUGCUUCAGUAGCUGA